CUAAGCCCCACGUGGCCAGCGCUAGGUUGUGGGAGGGGAGCUGGGGUACCUACAGCGACCUGAGGGGUUCCCCGGCACUGCAGUGUCUGCACUGACCCAUCACAGCCAGGCCGCUGCAGCCUCGGGAGCGCGGACAAACCCUGAUAAAUACUCGCGCUUCCUUCCUGAUGGCCUGUUGCAGGUAAUGCUGGGGUAACCAUGGCGACCCUCUUCAGUAACGAUGGGGCCGAGGUGGUCCACAGGGCCCUGCCUGCCAAGGAGUCGAGUGGCAGGACCCCCGCUGAGGCCCUCGAUGAGUUCUACGAGCUGGAGCGAGCCGCGGCCUUCGUCACAGCGAGUGGGUUUCACAGGGUUGCCCUGCAGUUCCCCGACGAGCUCCUGGCAGAUUCAGCCACCGUCGCAGCUAAGAUGGAGGAGGCGACCGGCAGCAAAAUGUACAUCCUGGGGGACACGUCGUACGGCAGCUGCUGCGUGGACGAGGUGGCCGCGGAGCACGUGGGGGCGGAGGCCGUGGUGCACUACGGCCCCGCGUGUCUCAGCCCCUGCAGGAAGUUGCCAGUGCUGCACGUGUUUGGCCGACAACCCCUUGACACGGAGCGCUGCGCGGGGGCCUUCCGGGAGCUCUACCCUGACCCCCAGAGCCGCGUGUUGGUGCUGAGUGACGUGGUCUACGCCCACAGGCUAGGUGAGCUGGAGCAGCUGCUGGGCCCGGAGUACCCCCACGUCGUCUUCUCCCGCCUGGCGAGUGACGGGGCCCCCGACUGCCCGCAGGGCCCGGGGCUGGUGCGGCAGUUUGGGCGCCUCGUUGCCGUGGCGGCGCGGCGCGGGCUGCAGGACUACGCCGUGUUCUACGUGGGCGCUGAGGGCCUGGCCCUCACCAACUUCAUGCUGAGCUGGAACCGCUGCCCCUUCAGCUCCUUCGACCCGGCCACGGGCUGCGGGCGGCACGAGAGCCUCGACGCCAACCGGGCGCUGCUGCGGCGCCUCUACCUGGUGGAGCGGGCCCGGGACGCCCGCGUGGUGGGCAUCCUGGUGGGCACGCUGGGCGUGGCCGGCUACCUCUCCGUCCUGGAGCACUUGCGGGACACCCUGCGCCGGGCUGGCAAGCGCAGCUACACCCUGGCCAUGGGCAAGCUGAGCCCCGCCAAGCUGGCCAACUUCCUGGAGGUGGACGUGUUCGUGCUGGUGGCUUGUCCCCAGAACUCCCUGCUGGACUCCAGGGACUUCUACCGGCCCGUGGUGACACCCUACGAGCUGGAGCUGGCCUGUAACCCGGCCCGGGAGUGGAGCAGCCUCUACGUCACUGACUUCAGAGACCUGCUGCCAGGCGGCUGCGCACAUGUCGGCUUCCCAGACACAGUCCCCGGGGACGUUCCCGACGUGUCGCUGAUCACGGGGGAGCUGCGCGCAGCUGGGCUUUCCAGCUCCCCGGCCCCGGCCUCCAGCUCGGCCCUGGCCUGCCGGAACCCGGAGCUCGCGCUGGCCCAGAUCAGCCCGGCUGCCUCCUUCCUGGAGUCGCGCAGUUGGCGGGGCUUGGAGCAGCAGCUGGGCCAGACGCCCGUGACAAAGGCCGUGCCGGGCCGGAGGGGGAUCGCUAUCGCCUAUGAGGAUGAGGCUUCUGGGUGACCCUGACCCUGCAGGACACCACUGUUGGGAGACGGGCCCUGCGGGGCUCCAGCCUCCUGCCGUGGGUCGCCCUGGGCCCGGGCUGGGCCCGUCUGCAGCUCAGUCCUGGGGCCGACGCGAACAGCUGCCCUCUCCUGCUGGGACCUGGCCUCGGAGCCGGACUCGAGUGCAGGAUCCCGGGGGCUGCCGGCGCGGCUCUGCCGGGGACGCUGGUCUGGGUUCAGCUGUGCGUUGGUGAACCCCAUGGCGUCCGGGGUGCGACUCCGCGGGGCGGGCGGACACACGGACACACCCACCCCCCGCGGCCCACUCUGCCACCACCCCACAUGGCCCCCAUGGACAGGGGCCACCUGGGAGUGACCCCCCCCUUGCUACCCCAGCUGGCUGCUCCCAGGGGCAAGGGCUGGGCUGGGCAGGGCCUGGCCUCCACCCUGAGCCUGUGUCCCCGGGGGGCGGGUAGAGGAGCUCGGCGUCCCCCCGGCUCCCCUUGCAGCGCUCGCCCAGCACUAGCCUGAAGCCAGCGAGGCAAAGGCAGCCGUGUCUGGGGGCGGAGGCAGUGCCUAGGCAGUUGGGCUAACGGGACCUUCAGGUAGUCUAUUAACCCCUUCCUGCCUUGGGGGGAAACGCAUCUCCCCCAUUCCAGGGCGAUGGGCUGUGUAGGGCUGCCAGCCCUCCACGAGGCACCAAGAAUUAAAGCUUAAUUUUCUGAA